AUGAAUGCUAACCCGAAAGAUGCAUUCUCAGUUUCCUUAUAAAAAUUUCAUCGAAAAAGUGUUCAUUCAUAAAUGGCAAAUACAAGUGGAUGUAAUUAAUUAAGUGAUGCUUCUACUAUUCCACUUCCUGAGUUGAAGGUUAGAGGAUUGCAAAGUGCAAAAAUAAAAGCAUCACCAAAAAGAUCUCCUCACGUUUUAAAAUUUUAUGUACAUGAUGCUUAAUGUUUGCUUAAGGAUCCAAUGAAAAAAGCUAAUGUAUGAUUCAGUUUUAUUUAUGGAUAUAGAGAAGAUAUGAAAACUAAUCUGACUAUGUAUUUGUGGACACUUACUUAGAUGCAUUACAUAUGAUAGCACAAGAAGAAAGAAAGAAUAAGUAAGCUAAUGGACAUACUAUAUAAUCUGAAGAAUUUUCAGAAUAACAAAUUUCAAUCAAUCCUUAACCUACUUUGCCUAAUAUACCAGCUUAAUUGAUAAGAGAUAGAAUGAGAGUUUAUGCAUAAAGUUAAUAAAAAGAUCCUUAAUCUAGUAAUUCUUAAUUCUGAUAAAUUAGUAGAAUCUCAACUAGCACAAAGAUAGCCUAAGAAAGUAAUCAAAACUGCAACUAGUUUAAUGACUAAAAAGAUUUUACCAAAUAAACUAACUGUAUCAUUAUCAGUUCAUUAAGCAAUCCCUCCUAUUAAACAUAAAGUUAGUGCUAAAAGAUGGGUUAUGUUUACAAAAUAGAAGAAUGAGNAAAAACAUCUUUUUCCUUAUUUACUUAAGUUAAUUUUCGCUUGUUUAUCUAUUUUAAUGCAUAUAGCUAAUUAAUUUCAAUUUCUCGAACCCUAAAAAUAUCUGAAAAGUUUUCAUGACCCAAAACUUCAAAAUCUGCAAGAUCUUCUAUUGCUUUUUUCCCUUAUGCUUUUCGAACUGCUCUUUGAUUUUCUCUCUAUUAUUUUAAUAUUUUAAUUACAUUUCAGAACAAAUAAAUUUAUGAUCUUUCCAAUCUUUUUUUAACAUUCUAUAGAACAAUAAUAAAUUGAUUUGCAUUACGAACAUCUUAAUAAUUCUGCACCUUAUUUCUUACAAUCUUAACAGCUAAAAAAGUAAUAAAAACUGCAAUUAGUUUGAUGACCAAAAAAAUUUUCACAAAUAAACUUACUGUAUCAUUAUCAGUUCAUUAAGCAAUUCUUUCUAUCAAACAUAAAAGUAAGUGCUAAAAGAUGGGUUAUGUUUACAAAAUAAAAGAAUGAGAAUUUUUUUAAUAAAUAAGUUGGAUGGCAAGAAUUUUAGAAAGGUGAAGUAGCUAGUAUUACAAAGAUAAUGACAUGUUCUACAACGUUGACAUAUUCAAAAGAAUACAAUAUUGAGCCUGAUCAAAUAAAAAUAAAAAUUCUUGGUCAUGCUGAAUGUAUUGGUGGAACUAGUGCCUUUUUAAAUGCUGGUGGAGUAUUAACUAUUAAACUAUUGUUAUUUGCUCUUAUGUUACCAUCUGGAAAUGAUGCAGCACUUGUUUUGAGUUUCACUAGAGCUUAUUUAAUGAUAUUAAAAAAGACUGAGAUCUAUUAGUAUAAUCGAUAUCUAAAAGGUGCUAUAGUAGACAUAGAACCAUAAAUUGAAAGAAAUAAAAAAUACCUUCCUUGA